GCCUGACCUCAGUUGUUCCAGGGUAAAGAAUUUGGGCAGUGCCCACACCCACGCUGUGGGAUAACACUUCUUCACCAUACCAGUGAGGGUGAAUGUGUACACGCCCAGCUUCCUGCCUGUUACUCUCCACAGUAUGCGAAGAAUGUCCCUGACUUCUAGCCCUGUAUGCCUUUUUUUGCUUCUACUGUUGCAACUAAUAGCCUUGGAGAUCAUGGUUGGUGCUCACUCUCUUUGCUUCAACUUCACUAUAAAAUCAUGGUCCAGACCUGGACAGCCCUGGUGUGAAGCGCAGGUCUUCAUGAAUAAAAUUCUUUUCCUUCAGUACGACAGUGACAACAACAUGGUCAAACCCCUGGGCCUCCUGGGGAAGAAGGUAAAUGCCACCAGCACUCGGGGAGAAUUGACCCAAACGCUGGGAGAAGUGGGGCGAGACCUCAGGAUGCUCCUUCUUGACAUCAAACCCCAGACAAAGACCAGUGGUCCUUCCACUCUGCAGGUCGAGAUGUUUUGUCAACGUGAAGCAGAACAAUGCACUGGUGCGUCCUGGCAGUUCGCUAUCAACGGAGAGAAAUCCCUCCUCUUUGAUGCAAUGAACAUGACCUGGACAGUAAUUAAUCAUGAAGCCAGUAAGAUCAAGGAGACAUGGAAGAAAGACAGAGGGCUGGAAAAGUAUUUCAGGAAGCUCUCAAAGGGAGACUGCGAUCAAUGGCUCAGUGAAUUCUUAGGGCACUGGGAGGCAAUGCCAGAACCGACAGGUAACUGAGCUGGGUGGGAGAAUGUGGCAGCUCCCUUUAAAGGUCAAAAGCCUUCCCUGUGUGGGUGUCAGUGUGUGUGUGCAAUAGAAAAUUUGAUUGACUUCUCCGUGGGCUUCCUGUCUGGAGAGUCAGUGACGGCCAUAAGAAUUUCCCACCAUCCUCCCUUUCCCAUCCCACCUCCCACUGUUUCUUCCUCAGUGUAGAAGCCCCUUCUCAUUAACCAAUGAUCCAGUCACAAUGACCCACUGCUAAA